AUGUUUAGAAGAGCUUUAACACAAUACCCACGUCAAUUCCAUACGGCACGUCUUUUGAGACAGGAGUUCAAGGAUCCUUAUAAGGUUCUUGGAAUAAAUAAGAAUUCCAGCCAGUCCGAUAUCAAGAAGGCGUACUAUAAGCUGGCCAAGAAGUACCAUCCAGAUAUUAACAAAGAAGAGGACUCUCAAAAGAGGUUUCAUGAUUUGCAGAAUGCAUAUGAGAUCUUAAGCGAUGAGGAAAAGAGGAGGCAGUAUGAUCAGUUUGGUGCUGCUGCGUUCAGCCAGGGCGGUGGUGCUGGUGGUCCAGGCGGUGCCGGUGCUGGCUAUGGCGGAGGUCCCGGAGGAUUUGGAGGCGGAUUUGGAGGUUUCGAUUUCGGUGGAUUGAACUUCGAGGAUCUCUUUGGAAGUGCAUUUGGUGGAGGUGGGGCCCGUGGUGGACGUGGUGGUCCUGGUGGCUUUGGCGGUAGUGGAUUUGUGCGGGAGUACAAGGGUGAGAACAUUACGGUUCCGUUCCAGGUAUCGUUCAAGGAUGCGGUUUUCGGUAUGAAAAACGUUAAAUUGAACUAUAAGUGUUACGAUCCAUGUUCCACGUGUGAUGCUAGUGGUUUGAAACCAGGACACUCGAGAUCUACGUGUCCUACAUGCCACGGUUCUGGUACUCAAGUACACGUAAGAGCGGGCUUCCAGAUGGCAUCAACCUGUUCCACCUGUGACGGUGAAGGAUCUACCAUCAAUAACAGCGACAAGUGUACGUCGUGUCAUGGCCACGGGUACAAGUUGAACUCCGACAAGACCGUUACCGUUGACCUCCCUCACGGAUUGCAAGAUGGUGACACCAUUAGAGUGCCUAACCAGGGUCACUACCCUGGUAUGGCCCUCGACCCCGCAAUGAAGUCCCAAUUGCGUCUUUCAAGAGGUGAUUUGUUAGUCCGCAUCAGAGUCAAGAAGGAUACAAGAUUCCAGGUCUCCAAUAAUUAUGACAUCAUCUACACCCAAGAGAUUCCAAUCACGACGGCCGCUCUAGGUGGUAUCGUAGAGGUUCCAACUGUAGACGAGGACAAAAUUAGGCUAAAGGUAUCUUCGGGAACUCAACAUGAUCAAGUUAUCAGAAUCCCAAAUAAGGGUGUUCCUAGAGGUAACAGGGGUGACAGAGGUGAUAUGAUUGUGAAAUUCAAAGUGGUCAUCAAGAAGCCAAGGGACGAAACGGAACGUUACCUAUGGGAAACUUUAGCUCACUUGACCAACGAUACAACAGCAAGAAGAACAAUCACACCCAACUCUAACCAAGAAGGAUCAAAAUCUUCUGCUGCCGAUAAAGGGACUAUCGAACAAAACGAGAGUACCAUGAAGAAGUUAGAGCACUUCCUAUCUAAUGCGCUAAAGAAAAUUAAGGGCGAGUGA